ACCCUCGACCUUCCAGUGUCUGAAGAGUCCAAGCUCCCCUAGCACAUUCCACAUACGUCAUGGGCUUUUGCAUUCCACCACGACUUCGAUAGCUUGCCACGACUUGCUUGGGUGCCAUCAUCCUCCUUGUGGAACCCAAUCCGGGCUCGAGCUGGCUAUGUCUAGUCCAUGCUUUCCACCUCUCCCCCAAACCUGAGAGCUUGCGACUUUUGUCUUGGACAUCACACCUUUUGAUUGCUGUGUUGAAUUCGUCUCCCAGCAGUAUUUUCCAAUUCUUCGUAUCAGACUUUAUACAAUCGAUUACUCUACUGAUUGCCUCGAGCAGACUUGAAGUUGACCUUCAAUUCCGGCGUGCCACCUCAACCCCACAUUGACAAGCUCAUACCCAGCUACCUCCCGCGAGCCAUCAUGAACCGCGCACUUUCCAUCCGCUCUCGCAAGAAGGAUGACCAUGCGAAAGCAGCAUCCAAACAUACCUUCUCCAUCUCGACUCUCCGCGGUACCACACAGGCCGAGCUGUCCAAGAAACUCUACAAGUUGAUCAAGACUGAGAAUCAUGCCAUUACCGCUUACGAGACUGCCGGCCGUGAGCGGCUCUCGAUUGCUUCGCAGCUGUCUGAUUGGGGUGAGUCGACCAACGACGACUCCGUUUCCGACAUCAGCGACAAGAUCGGUGUCAUUCUUUCCGAGAUUGGCGAGCAAGAAGAUCUCUUUGUCCAGAACCUCGAGGACUAUCGCGCCAUCCUAAAACAAAUCAGGAACAUUGAGAGCAGCGUCCAACCCAGCCGUGACCAAAAGGCCAAGAUUAGUGAUGAGAUUCAAAAACUCAAGUACAAGGAGCCAUCCAGCCCCAAGCUGGUCACCCUCGAGCAGGAGCUUGUUAGAGCCGAAGCACAGAACUUGGUUGCAGAGGCUCAACUCACAAACAUUACUCGUCAAAAAAUCAAGGAAGCUUACGACGUACACUUUGCCGCCACCAUCGAACGUGCUGAGAAGCAGAUUAUCCUAGCCCGAUACGGCCGACGCCUGCUCAACCUACUUGACGACACCCCGGUGGUUCCAGGCGACGUGCGCCAGCCAUUCCCCCAUCCCGCGGAAGCCCGCCAAAUUCUUACCGACGCCGAACAGGAACUCCAAUCCUGGCAGCCCAACCUCGAACCCAUUCAGACCAACGCGAGCGGCCUGGGCUCCAACCUGAUGCCCACCGAGGACCUGAGCACCCGUGCCACUAGCGACGCCGGGACAGAGCAACCCGAUGUCACCAGCCCAGGAGCCACCUCGAUUCACAACCAGUCCACUGAGCCACAAGGUCAAGGCGCGAGACUGGAGCAGGCCGCCGCUUAGGAGACGGAUCGUUGGAAGAGGCACAGCAACGCGAGCGCCACCAGUGCGACCAGUGUGGAGAGUACGUGGAGACACGUGGGAGAUGACGUGCACAGCUGGAGGCAGGGCACAAAGUACGAGUUCAGGAAAUAGGUUUCCGGGUGGGCGCCCAAGAUGGUGUAGCCAACGGUGCGGACGACGAGGUUGCCAGAGGCAGCGUGGUACGAUGUGACACUGUGUGCUAGGGAAUUCCAGUCAGUGGUUCUCAGCGCAUUGUGUCGAACUGUGUUGGGUCUGGAUUUUGUGUUUCAAGUCAUGUUUGAGGAAUUCGGCCAGGUCUCAGGACUAUAGGUGAACUCAGCACCCAUAUGGGUGGCAGUGAGUGUAAGUCUGCAUGCGUCGAUGAUACCUUGCUGUAGAGGAAGGGGAAGAGCAAAAUGCAUACGAAAAGAGGUUGAGGGUUAUGAAGUGUUAGAAGUCCAGAAUAUAUUGCGCGUAGUCUCGCUAUCAGUUUUGCUUUUGUCUCGUAUUUGCACAAUUGGACUAUUGUG